AUGGGUCGCAUGCACAAUCCAGGAAAGGGAAUGUCCAAAUCGGCCAUUCCCUAUCGCCGCUCCGUUUCGUCGUGGCAAAAGCUUACCGCUGAGGACGUUCAGGACCACAUCGUCAAGCUUGCCAAGAAGGGUCUCCGCCCAUCCCAAAUCGGUGUGAUCCUCAGGGAUUCGCAUGGAGUUGGGCAGGUUCGUCGCCUCGCCGGAAACAAGAUCUUCCGUAUCCUUAAGUCCAAGGGAAUGGCUCCAGAGCUCCCAGAGGACCUGUACCACCUCGUCAAGAAGGCCGUCGCCAUCCGCAAGCAUCUUGAGAGAUCCCGCAAGGACAUUGACAGCAAGUACAGACUCAUUUUGGUCGAGUCGCGUAUCCACCGUUUGGCUAGAUACUACAAGACCUCUCGCCAACUUCCACCAACCUGGAAGUACGAGUCUGCCACUGCUGCCUCCCUCGUUUCAUAA